UGCCGGCCGGCCUUCAGGGCGGGGGCGGCGCUGAGGAAGCCGGCGCAAGGGUAGGGCCGAGCGGCUACUGGAAGCCGCUUCCCCCGACGGGGAGAGGGCCAUGAACGGCACCGCGAACCCGCUGCUGGACCGCGAAGAACACGGCCUGAAGCUCGGCGAAAGCUUCGAGAAGAGGCCCAAGUCCUCCUUCCACACCAUCCGCUAUGAUUUUAAGCCAGCAUCUAUAGAUACUUCGUGUGAAGGAGAACUCCAGGUUGGCAAAGGAGAUGAAGUCACAAUUACACUUCCACAUAUUCCUGGAUCAACACCUCCAAUGACUGUGUUCAAAGGAAACAAAAGACCCUAUCAGAAAGACUGUGUUCUCAUCAUUAAUCAUGACACUGGGGAAUAUGUGUUGGAAAAGCUCAGUAGCAGCAUUCAAGUCAAGAAAACAAGAGCUGAAGGAAGCAGCAAAAUCCAGGCCCGAAUGGAGCAGCCCCCUUCUCGAGCACCACCACCUAUACCAUUCAGACCCCCUUCUCGAGCACCACCACCUAUACCAUUCAGAGCCCCAAUGAAACCACCAAUUGGACCAAAAACGUCCCCUGUGAAAGAUAACCCUUCACCUGAACCUCAAUUGGAUGACAUUAAGAGAGAGCUGAGAGCAGAGGUUGAAAUCAUUGAGCAGAUGAGCAGCAGCAGCGGGAGCAGCUCCUCAGAUUCUGAGAGCUCUUCAGGCAGCGAUGAUGACAGCUCCAGCAGCGGAGGAGAAGAGCCAGCUGCCCGUGCCUCGCCCUCACAGCCUCCUCACCAGCAGUUCAGUCACAGGAACCCCAUGGCCAACGGCACGAGCCGGCCCUCCGGAAAUCACCAGCUGAUGAACACCCUUCGAAAUGACUUACAAUUGAGUGAAUCUGGCAGUGACAGUGAUGACUAGCGCUAGAACUUCCUACAUCCAUCUCUUCCGGUAGGAGAACACGUGGAGGCAGCAGGAUGCUAGCAGAAAGCCCAUCACCAAGGAGAGCGCUUGGGGGAUUAGUGAUCACUAAGGAAUUGGAGGGGGGAUCCAAGCCUUGUCACAGAGCCCGAGCAGGAGUGCUCUUGUAUAUAUUUUGUGAAUAUCUGUUUUAAAAGUUUUACUUAAAUCUCUAGAGUAAAUGACUAAGAGGGUUUUGUUGUUGUUUGGUUAAUGUUGUGGAUGAAAAACCUGAACAGCUGGGGGAUGGAUGAUCUUGGUUAUUCCAAGAUUGAAUGAUAGACAUCCUUGGCAGUCCCUAGUUGUGUCAUCUUCAUUGCCAAAACAAAUUAUUUGGCUUUUGGGGGGCAAUCAGCACCCCCAUAGAAUAUUAAAGCCACUUCAAAUUAUUGAGCACAUGGAGAGAAAGGUUGUAGACUUCCUUGGCUAACUAGACCUGACUAUAGGCCAGUGGAGACAAAUUUAGACAUAGACUUGCCAAGGUAGAGAGGACAUUGUUUAUGAUCCAUGCCACACCCCUCAUUUUCCAAAGGAGGGUAGACUUAGACAGGCAGAGGCACACAGCUAAUAACAAAUGGGAGUAAAACCCAGGGCUCCAGCACUUUCUCUAUUGUACCAUAAUGCGCCUCCCAUUCUAUUUAAUUAACCAAAUAUUUAUUGAAUGCCUACUGUGUGCAGAGCUUAGGUAUAUAGUAAAACUAAUGAUCUGUGUACAUAGAGCAAUCAGAUACAUAUUGGAGCUUUGUACCUAGACUGUGAAUGUCACAACUGCCAUUUAAUUCUAGUUUGAAUUUGAGCCAGUUAAAGUUGGCUCUGUACAGGACAGAAGAAGCCCACGUUUGGCUGCAGUGCCUGGAUGACAUUAGAGGUUUGGGUACUGAGUUGUUAAGGGAAACCCAUGAGCCCACAUUCAUCUUUCAUUAGACAUGAUUGAUUCAGUGGAUUUUAAAAGGAAUGGGUUUUUAAAAAAAGAAAUAGGAAUGGACAUGAAUAUAAGGGUUAGAGGAGAAAACUACUGAAUGUAUAAACUGCAAGUGAGUUUAAAAGAAAAAAUGCCAGGAAAGAAUUUGGAAGCAUCAAAUGAGAGUACUGUAACUCCCUGAUUUGGGGGAUUUUUUUCCUCCCAUGCUUUUAUAAAACUAUGUUUAAAUUACAAGUUGUAUUUUUGUACAGCUGGAAGCAAGACAGACUAUUCCCUUGCUUGUACAAAUCUUCAGCAAAAUGCUUAAAUUACUGAUGAAAUGGAAAGAUUGUUCUAGGACAGCAAUCCUCAGUUACAAUUAAGUAGGCCUCCAUAUGGUCUAAAUGAACAUCCUGUUACCUAUAAUCAGAAUACAGAUUAUUUAACAUGA